AUUUACAAUACAACAAGUAGGGAGAGAGAACGAAAACACUUUCUGGCUCUGAUCCAUCUCCUAGUAUAUUAGUAGUAUCUCUUAUCUCUCCUUCUUUUCUCUCUCCCUCUCUCUUUCUCUCUUUUCUCUAUCCUUCAUCCUCUUCUUUGUAUCUUUAGCAACUCAACAAUCAAGAAGAUCAGAUCAAGGUGUGAGAAACCUAUCAAAAUCCACUGAUCAGUCAAUCUAUCAAUCAAUCAAAUCAAGGCCUUAAUAAGAAAAAAAAUUCAGGAAAAUCUAAAGGAUGUCGUCCUCAUCAGCUGCUUUUUCACCGGACCACCUAUCUCCCUCCGACCAGCUCUGUUACGUCCAUUGCAACUUUUGCGACACAGUUCUCGCUGUGAGUGUUCCGUGCACUAGCUUGUUCAAGACUGUCACGGUUCGAUGCGGCCACUGCACCAAUCUUUUGUCCGUCAACAUGCGUGGCUUGCUUCUUCCUGCAGCCAAUCAGCUUCACCUUGGCCAUUCUUUCUUUACCCCUCAGAAUCUGCUGGAGGAGAUCCGAAGUGCACCGCCGAACAUGCUGAUCAAUCAGCCAAACGCAAGUGACACGGUUAUGCCUGCUAUUCGAGGAGGAGUUGAGGAGAUCCCUAAACCUCCGGUGGUCAACAGACCUCCGGAGAAGAGACAGAGAGUCCCAUCUGCCUACAACCGCUUCAUCAAGGACGAAAUCCAACGCAUCAAAGCUGGGAAUCCUGAUAUAAGUCACAGAGAGGCCUUUAGUGCCGCUGCCAAGAAUUGGGCCCACUUUCCACACAUACAUUUCGGACUUAUGCCUGAUCAACCCGUGAAGAAAACUAACGUACGCCAACAGGAAGGAGAGGACGUGCUCAUGAAAGAUGGGUUCUUUGCUUCUACCAAUGUGGGUGUCACCCCCUACUGAACAAGUGAAACUGUUAGGGUUUCUUUGUUUCUUCCUCUCUGGUCCUUCCUACUGCUUUUAACUUGGUGUUAUUAGGUUGUCUUAUUAAGAUAUGUUCUCUUAGAAGACAGUUAGCCUUUCUUUUUUUCUAGCUUGUGUUAGGACUUACUAUAAUUAUGGGAACGGAAUUUGAUGUCUAGAAUUUCAAUGUUUGUGGAAACCCAACAUCUGGUCUACCACUAGAAAGAACUCUUAUGAAGAUGAAGCUUUCUUGCUGAUGAAUUUAUAUAGUUCUCAGACGGUUAGCCUUAUGUCAUAAUAGUUCCUUCCAAUGCUCAUGGCUAAUCCUAGCUUAAUAUCUUUCAAUUUCAACCUUUAA